GGCAUCGCCAUAUGAUUUGGACAAGUCAGACAGGAGGAACGUCUGAGCUGUUUCUGCUUUCUGUUUCUUCUCUGUACUCAACACGGUACUGUGUAGUACUUUUCGUGAUCUGUUGAACGCUACCUGCAAUUGCUAUUUGUGUUUUCAGUUUUUAUUAAAAUUCAUUAUCAAAUACUGUGUUUUUGGGUAUUAAAUACAUUCAGUGACAAAUGACCGAGAGUUCUAUGCUAAAUUACAUAUCAAAUCUCUGUAAUGCGAUAUUGAAAUAUUUUCAUUUUUAGCUCUACAUUAUGCACAAGUUAAUGCCGUCCACUUUUAUCGAUAAUCUAUUAAAAAGAGAAUAUAGAGAUGAUUAUUAUAAACUUAAUGCCAAAAUAGUGAACGAUAGAUUUAGAAAUGCUAAAAAUUUCUUCAAUAAAGAUUUGAUAUCACAUUAUGGCUGUGUUAAUGCUGUAGAAUUUUUGAAUGGUGGACAAUUUCUUGUCUCGGGGGGAGACGAUCAAAGGGUGCUAUUAUGGAAUGUACAGGAAGCUCUACAGGGCAUUUCAAAGCCAAAAGAAAUGCGCGCGCAACAUGUGAGCAACAUCUUCUGCUUGGGAUACGACAGUAAAAACACACGACUUUUCUCAGCUGGCAAUGAUGAACAAGUCAUCAUUCACGACAUACAAACUGGAGAACCAGUCGAUGUGUUUCGCCACCUGAAUCCUGUCUAUGGCUUAUCUGUGGACCCCACCAACGAUUUUGUUUUUGCCAGUGCGUGUGAUGAUGGCAGCAUCUCUAUCUACGACAUCAGGGAACCCGCGAGCUCUGGGCCAUUUCUACUGAACAAGUCGACCUCAGCUUACCAUGGAGUUAUGCACAAUCCGGUCGAGCCCAGGCUACUAGCAACUGCUAAUGCAAAGGAGGGAGCCUGCCUGUGGGACAGUAGGAUUCCUAAUAAGGCACUGCUGAAAUGGGGCGGAGGCGUCAGCGGAAGUGGCAGCGACAAACGCGGCUGCAUGGCGGUGCGCUGGAGCGGAAACGGAAGCCGGCUGCUGGCACUGCGACGCCGGUUGCCCGCCAUCUUGUUUCCGGUGCACUCUCCCUCGCCGAUCGCUCAGUUCGACCACCCGGGCUACUUCAACUCGUGCACCAUGAAGAGCUGUUGCUUCGCCGGUCGUGACGACGAGUAUGUGCUGUCAGGGUCGGACGACUUCAAUCUUUACAUGUGGAAGGUGCCGGAGACGGACAACGACAAACGAAACAAAGGCACGUAUUCAAUUCAUUCCACUUUUCUUGAGGGUCUUUUCUCACUUAGCUACGAUACACCAAAUAGAAACAAUAGCGUAAGUAGAUAUAUAUGGAGUCCGUUUCCACUACCUUACUGCUCCGGAGGACUGACGAAAGAAUCAGUUGUAAAAAAGAAGAGAAAAGUCUUCUCACAUGCCGAAUAUUUGAGUCUGGUCUACCGAGGCGGACAGAUAAUCGACCACGACUACAGCAACGAGUCGACGGCCGAGGAUCCGCGAAUGAUGGCAUUCUUCGACUCGCUGGUGCAGCGUGAGAUUGAGUGCUGGACUUCGACCUCUGACGACUCGGACAAAAGCCACAGUGAAACGGUCGUCCUGCUGGAUCGUACCGCCUCCAGUGGCGACGAGGAAUCCGAAGCAACCGAAGAGGAAGAGGAUGAUGAAUCAGGAGAGAGACGGAAACGAAGAGCGCAAGACUUGCAGCAGGAUUCGAGGGAAGACGUACAUUCGCCGAAUCCUAUCGUCCGGUUGAUAGCCAGGAAACGUGCACAACUGUGUCGGGUGGCCAGGAGAAGAAACGACGCGGUAGAUAGUUCCUGUCCGAGUAGUAAUAAUAACAACACAGCUAGCGACGUCAACGACGACAACGACAACAGUUCCUCGUCAAACAGCGACACUAAAGAUUACAGUCUUGUGCUUUUCGAAAAGAAGCAGUUGCUGAGUCGCUUGCUCAACACCUACAGCAAUUCGUCCGACGAUGACGAAGAGGAGGACGGACCGACCCCUGCCAAAGUGAGACGACGACAGAGUGCUGAGGACACACCGGGCCCUUCCAAAGUGAGACGACGACAGAGUGUCGAGGACGGACCGGCCCCAGCCAAGGUGAGACUACGACUGAGUGCCGAGAACGGAUUGGCCGCAGCCAAAGUGAGACUGCGACAAAGUGACGAGGACAGCGAUAGUCCCGCCACCACUUCCGCCAGCCUACCGACACCCCCUGUCCCGUCAUCAUCCCGGGCGGGCGAAACGCCCGACAGCGGCAUCUAUGUGCUCUCCGACGAGCAGACUGACGGCUCCUUCAAAAAGCGAUCCACUUCCAAUCGAAAUUACCGCCGACGAAUUUUAAGCUCCGACGAGUCCGAGUAGUUUUAUUCAGUUGAACUUUCUCACAAUAUACUGAACUGAGAGAAGCGUGAUUAUGAUUUCACUUAUUAUCGUUUUUUUAAGUUUAACUUUCUAUCAAUAGCCAAUGUGCAGAAGUGAGUGAAGGGUGAUAGUGAUUGAUUCCAUUCCCCUAUCCUCGAUCUGAAUUAAUUCAGGUUAUUACUACCUGAUAGCGUGGAUAUUUGCUCAAAGAAUGUCAUUCAUAGAUUUUUAUUGAUCACAAAAUGUGACAAUCUUCUUCAGUGUAGCCUACUAGAUAAUUCAACUGUAUCAUACUUAUGGGUGCAAUCAUAGUGGAGCAGCGACGGUAGCUUCAAGAUUGAGAGAGUUGAAUGUUAUAAAUAAUGUAUUGGAAUAAAUGGAGCUCUCUCAAGCUUGAAGCUACCUUCGCUGCUCCACAGGUUUACAUCUUUAGUGAUUGGAGUAUUUUGUGCGGUUGAUUUAUAAUUCUUAAUCAAUUUUCAGCGGGUAUACUUUCCUUCUAUGUGUAAAAAAUGAAAUAUAUUGUUCAUAAAUUCUGCAGAUUGAGCAGUGUUGGAGAUUUAAAGUUAUUGAUGAUGGUCUAUUCAGCUUAUGCCCAAUCCAUAUUCCAGUAUGGUAUAAGGGUUUGGGGGGGGUGCCUUAUACACUCAUUUCAAUAAAAUAGGUGUGAUUCAGAUGCACAUACUAAAAGCUGCUCUCCAAAGGCCGAGACGAUAUCCCAGUCACUUACUUUAUGAAGAAUUAUAUAAAACAUUUAAUACUCUAUAUCAAUAGAUCCAAAAAUACUUUCACUCCAUACAUUCCAGCUUACAAUUUCAGAUCGCCAUCAAAUUACCGUGUUUCCAGGACAGACCUAAUAGUAUGCCGUAGACAGUAAAUAAAUUGAUUAACCUGUUACCCGAAAAUUUAAUGUUAGAUAGCAUCAGAAAUCAAGUACUAAAAAAAAUAAUUGAUUGGAUUAAAUCAACAAUAAUGUUUGUCACCUAAUUCACAACACAAUUUGAUUUUUUUUCUCUAGUAUUGCCAUCAAACUUACAUACAGUAUAAAUAUGUGUUUCCCCACUUCACCAUGAUUGAAUUGUAUAGUUAUAAUAUUAUAGUUUAGCUUACCUUGUUGAAUCAAAGUUUUUCUAUUGGAAAUAAUAUUAUCGUUUUCUGUUUUAGUACUCUUCACCGGCACUCAAACUGUGGUUUUGCUGGUUAUUAUUAUGUUUUUGUAUAUUAUGUUAAUUAGUAUAUUAUGUUUUUAUACCUAUUUUUUCCUUCAAUGUUUCAAGCCUAGUGUACUAGGCUAUCUUAUAAAUCAUAGAAAGCUUGGUGAAUAGAGAUCAAUGAUUACCAUUUUAUUAAGAACCAUUAUUUGCUCUAUUGAAGGUUUUUACUUUGACAGCUAAGCAUUUCGAUGUGAAUAUUGAUGGUAGAAACUGACCGUAAUGUACAUAAAUAUUGGACUUUCAAAUAUCAUGAACCAUGAUCUAAUUUUUAAUUUAUUUUGUAGUGAUUAUUUCAAUGACACUUAAAUUUUAUAUAAUUGGAUUCUUCGAUUAGAUAUUGUUGUCUAUGAUAGUCUGAAAAGUAAUUUUUUUACAUGAAACGUUUGAGGGCUCUUAACAUGAUCAGUCCUAUUCUGAUACCCAAUAUCAGACAUGCCGUUAUGGCCAAUUGACAUUGAAGUGGCGUGGCGGUGGCAUGACGCUGACUUUCUAUAAAUUGCAUAUAAACAUUCAAUGCAAAAAAAAAGUGGUAAUGCGCCACUCCAGUUUGCAUUGUACCAUUAUGUUUAUAUAGGAGUGGCGUGGAAGUGGCAAAAAGCCAGCGCCACGUCACAUUAGUGUG